CCUCGAGUGAAAAGAUAUUUUGGAAGAGCAAAUAGGGAUGUAAUAAGUAAAUUGAAAAUCCAAGCCAAAUUCCCCUUAUCACUUCAUUGUUUCCCUCUUACACAGUGACCGCAAUGGCAGCUCUCAAUCUUGCUCCUUUAUCCAAAACCUUAAACCCUAAAUCUCAAUUCCAAAACCCACCUAAAACCCCAACUUGUCUUCUCUCUCUUUCCUACCCUUUCCUCACCGCAUCUCUCUCUUCAAUUCCACCUGCAAAAACUUCAAGGUUGCGUGUUGUAAGAGCCAUUUCUGAUGGAGAAUACUCUUCUAAGAGGGGGGGCAGUAGCAGUGAUGAAAGGGAGACUAUUAUGCUACCUGGAUGUGAUUAUAAUCAUUGGCUUAUUGUCAUGGAGUUCCCUAAGGACCCUGCUCCUACUAGAGAACAGAUGAUUGAUACUUAUCUCAAUACCCUUGCCACUGUUCUUGGCAGUAUGGAAGAGGCAAAGAAGAACAUGUAUGCCUUUAGUACCACCACUUACACUGGAUUUCAGUGCACUGUAUCUGAAGAAACAUCAGAGAAAUUUAAGGGUCUACCUGGAGUUCUUUGGGUCCUGCCUGAUUCUUACAUAGAUGUGAAGAACAAGGACUAUGGAGGAGAUAAGUACAUCAAUGGAGAGAUAAUUCCUUGUCAGUAUCCUACUUACCAACCCAAACAGUCUAACAGAACAAGAAGCAAGAGUAAAGCAUAUGUAAGAAGAAGAGAUGGUCCUCCUGAACGAACAAAACAAGCGGCAGCUCCUGAGUCUUCCUCCUAAAACUGUAACGGGUUUUAUCUGAUCUUAGAAUCAAAUUGCCAUUUGGAAAUGCCAAUGUAUCAUUCAUAGUCUGAUAUUGGUGGGCAUUUUAACAAAGAUAUGUUGUUGGUUAAAGGUUAGAUGGGAAUACACUGCUAGUCUAGGAGUUUUGUCGACUGCAUUUAUUGUUUUAUCUUUCCGCUAGACUAGCUUUCUGGUUGCGUUAUUGAGAACAAGAAAGAAAGCUGUAUGUAAUUUUGAUCCUGACCAGGUUAUUCUAUAUCCAAAGCUUGAAUAUGUA